GCCAACCUUAGACAGAACAAUAGUACUUUGUAUACAAGACGUUAUAUUACGUUAAAGCAAUUAUACAGGGCAACUUGCGGUAUGCUUCGUGGUGUCUGUAUGCAAGCGUUUCAGUGGACGACUCGCAGCAGGCAUCUUCCCUCUAGGUUUUAUAACAACGCCAAUCCAGUACGAUCUAUCAAUUGCACCUCUGCCACAAUUAGCACUGGCAGCAGCAGCAUAGGCGUGGCUAGCGUCGGUGUCACGGGCGGCAUGGAGGUGGUCCGCGUGCCCUGCCUCUCUGACAACUACGUGUGGCUGCUGCGCGAUGAGGCCAGCGGACGCACAGCGGUGGUGGACCCGGCGGAGGCUGCGCCCGUGAUGCAGGCCCUGGAAAGCAGGGGCUGGUCCCUAGACGCCAUCCUCAACACCCACCACCACGCCGACCACGUGGGCGGCAACCGGGCGCUCAAGACAGCCUUCCCGGCGGCAUCCAUCGUGGGGCCGCGGGCGGACCGAGACCGCAUACCCGGCAUCGAGGUGCAGGUCGGCGACGGCGAUGUGUGGCACUUCGGCAGCCAGCGUGUGGAGGUGUUUGACACGCCGGGGCACACCCGGGGACACAUCACCUACUGGAUGCCGGGGGCGGACGCGCUGUUCCCGGGUGACACGCUGUUCGCGCUGGGUUGCGGUCGGCUGUUCGAGGGCUCUCCUCAGCAGAUGUGGGCCUCCCUCUCCAAGCUGCUGCCCCUGCCCGACACCGCGCGCGUCUACUGCGCACACGAGUACACGGCGGCCAAUGCGCGGUUCGCGGUAACGGUGGACCCGGGCAAUGCGGCGCUGAAGGAGCGGAAGGCGCGGGUGGACGAGGCGCGAGCGCGGGGCGAGGCUACCGUGCCCAGCCUGCUGGGGGAGGAGCGGGCCACCAACCCCUUCCUGCGCCCGCACGACCCAGCCAUCCGGCAGCAGCUGGGCUUGGGCGCGGCGGCCGAGGACUGGGAGGUGUUUGCAGCCGUGCGGGCCGCCAAGGACCGCUUCUGAGGCUGUGGUUGGGGUGCGGGUGCGGGUGCAGGGAGAUUGAGGUGCAGGGAGGCCCGACGAGCGCCUGCAUGCGGCCAUGCCAGGGAGAGCUGGUAUAGGGCGGCUGACAGGAUGGCUUAAGGAACUGGCCGCGAGUCCAAACGUGCUGUGCGACCUGUGCGACCUGUGCGCAAGGAGGGUUGAGAAGAGGUCGGGCAGGUGUCGUGUCCAUGUUGCCUAGUGCAGAUGCACGUGAUUACCAGGAUAACCGCAUGGCGCAGGGCUGAUGCCCUGUGGGUUAUGUACUUGUACCCGGGGCCCUCUCCUCACAGGCCUUCCCAGGUACCUGGCUCGUUCAGGCCUUGCGGGGUCGCAGCUUCUGCCGCGGAAGAGCGCUCUCGCCUUGUGAGCUUCACAACACAACACGAUUUUGUUCAAGUUCCGGUCUCCAUGCGUGAAACGAGGGUCGGCACGAGAUGACUGGGUGCGGUAACUCCUAGUAAAGUCUACAUCCGAACAACAAAAAGGCGGCAAACCGGUAUGCAACAACAAUUUUCCGUCAACCUUAUAAAGUGACCUACACACGAAGUGACUG